GAGAGACGGAGGUGCAGACCCCUUACUCUGGGAUUCACUCGUUUAUGAGGGAGUUUAACACUCACGCUAUCACAAAGCUCUAUGACGGUGCGCAAAGGAAAGAAACUGACCAUCUCCAUCCAGGAACACAUGGCCAUCGAUGUCUGUCCUGGCCCCAUCCGGCCAAUCAGACAGAUCUCUGCUUAUUUUCCACGCCUCUCCCCAACUUCUUCUACCUCUGAGCCCCUCUCCCCAAAUCCAGCUGGAUUUCCAACAGCCCUCAGUCCAGCGGGCGGGGCCUCAACGGGUAGCGGUGGCCUGUUGUCUCCUGUGUUGCCGGGAGCUACAGGGGGAGGGGGUGGUGGAGGUGGGACUCUGUCUGCGAUGAGCAGCAUGGACACGUCCAUCGAGAUCGACAGCUGUGACAGCGAUGACAGCACAUCCCUGGGCACCUUGGAGUUUGACCUUCUGUAUGAGAGGGCAACCAGUUCCUUGCACUGUACAGUGAUCAGAGCCAAGGGUCUGAAGCCAAUGGAUUUCAAUGGUUUGGCAGAUCCCUAUGUCAAACUGCACCUGCUUCCUGGAGCCUGCAAGGCGAACAAGUUGAAGACAAAGAUUGUGCGCAAUACUCUCAACCCAGUGUGGAACGAGACGCUGACCUACUGUGGCAUCACUGAGGAGGACAUGUACAGGAAGACGCUCAGGGUGUCAGUCUGUGAUGAAGACAAGCUGACCCACAAUGAGUUUAUAGGGGAGUCACGGGUUGCACUGCGUCGGGUGAAGCCAGACCAGACUAAACACUACAACAUCUGUCUUGAGCACCCACCUCCGCUACCCUCCCCUUCUGCCAUGAGUGCAGCACUCAGGGGGAUCUCCUGUUACCUGAGAGAGUGGGAGAGCGAGCAGCAGAGGAGUCUGGAGGAGAGGGGGCGCCUCCUGCUCUCCUUGCAGUUCCUGCCCCCCUCCAGCGAAGGAGAGGGAGAUGGAGACCCCAAGGAGAGGGUGCGCAGUGGACUGUGCGUGGGAGUCCGCCGCUGUGCCCACCUGGCUGCUAUGGAUGUCAAUGGCUUCUCUGACCCCUAUGUCAAAACGUACCUGAAGCCAGACCUGCACAAGAAAUCCAAGCAUAAAACAGCUGUCAUAAAAAAGACUCUCAAUCCAGAAUUUAAUGAGGAGUUCUUCUAUGAGAUCUCUUUCUCAGAGCUGUCUACUAAGACUCUUGAAGUCACUGUUUGGGACUAUGACCUUGGGAAGUCCAAUGACUUUAUUGGUGGAGUUUCUCUGGGAUGUCACUCACAGGGAGAUGCGCUGCGUCAUUGGGUGGACUGUUUGAAGAACAAAGGCAAGAAGGUGGAGCGAUGGCACACGCUGACCAAUGAGCUGCCAGGAUCUACUUACCAUGACUGAAAUGGCCAAGUCCACUGUAUUACUCUUGGCUGCAGCCAAGUUCAUGACAGGACAGGGCAUAGGUAUGAAAGAACAUGUAUUGCAAGUAGCAGUGGAAGGAUUAGAUAUACAUGUGAUUAUGGUAGAGUGCAUCCUGCCCUAUUACCAUUAUUUUAUAUUACCAUUGUUUUCAUUUACUUUCCUUUAUUUUGCCACCUUCAUCAAUUCCCUAUUCCUUUCUCUUGCAAUAAUAUGCUGACUAUUGAACAAUGCUUCCAAAUACAAUUCUAAGUGGUCUUAAAAUAACAGAUAUUAUUGUUAAAAAUGCUGCCCAUAUAUGGUAAUCUACUUAUUGAUAAUAGCAAUUAUAAAAAAUGGUUCUUCCAUGUAGGCUGUUUCUGUGUGAAAUCUGGGUAAAUAACUCUGCAUGUUAAAAUAUUGUUGCAACUGUCGUUCUGUUUCCCUGAUGCCUAUCCAUGUCUAUAGUUUUCUUUAGAGUAGGUUCUGAGUACACCCCACAAUGUCUUGCUCAUAUUUUUGGCAGCGAGCUCACCACUAUUUACUUUGAUAGCCCCUGUGUUCUUGUCAAGUCAGAUAAAUUUCUUUAGAGUUAUUGAAAAAUGAAGUGACAUCUAUGACAACCUCUCCGGUGCUGCGUACAGUGAUUUUGAUAAGUCUCCACAAAUUAGUUCCGAAAUGCUCUAAAUAGACAUGACGUUUCUGCACAAGGCAUUGUGGGAAGGCAUUCCAACCUAUUCUGGUCUGUCUACCUCCCUUAUUACCCCCUCUCCCUCUCCCUCUCCC